AUGGCUUUAGAACACUCCUACGCUCCUCUUUACGGCUUACAAUUCCAUCCUGAAUCCAUUCAAUCUCAACAUGGUUCACUUAUCAUGAACAAUUUCUUAGAUAUUUGCCAUAAAUUCAAGAAUGUCACUCUAGAAAUACCAACCCAUCUCAUAGAAAGCUCUUCUAUUGCAAUUCCAUCUCAAUCAACGCCCUGCGUCCAGGAAUCUGCAUUUAAAGUGACGCAGCGACCACUUGAUCUACCAGAUGAUCCUCAACAAGUCUUCAAUUAUAGCGUCAGACAAUUAACAGGACUAGGAAGUGUCUGGCUAGACUCUGCGAGACUCAUUCAAGGUGUUGAAUCCAUGUCUUAUCUCGCAAAACCUGCUAUUGCAAUAUCAUUCAAGCUAUCAGAUCAUUCUUUGAGCAUAAAAACGGAGCAUGAGGGAUUUCAAGUAACUAUAAAUAGCUCAUUUUGGAGCUGGUUUGAUAAACUGCAGAAUUUGAUAGAGAGUUUAAUAGAUAAAUCCCACAUCAACUGCUUUUCAGUAGGAUGGGUUACUGCAUUGGGGUAUGAACUCGGCAAAGAGUCGUUAGAAGGAUAUAACACGUGCCAGACGAAGCUCGACACCGAUCAUAAUCAACGAAAUCAACAUAAUCAAGUCGAUGCCCUUCUGCUCUUCUGCAACAAAGUGCUUGCUUUCAACCACAUCGAAAAAGCUUGGACGGAGUAUGGGUUGGAGCAGACAGACAGGAUUGACUACGACAGUCUACCGCUAGAAGAUGGCAUGCGAUUCAUCCUCGAUCGAUUGCUCACCCCGCUACACACCGCACCACAAUCUCAGACUACACAUCCUCCCCCACAACACCAAUUCAAAUGCACACACACACCCGAAUCAUACAUCCGCGCGAUAGAAGAAGCACGUCACCAAAUAGCCCUAGGUGAAAGUUACGAAUUGUGCCUAACGACGCGGUUCACAGCCGAUGCCAGCGACAUGGACCAGGAAGGUUGCUGGGAAGUAUAUAAGCAGCUGCGAGCGUCAAAUCCAGCCCCAUACGCAGCGUUUAUCAACACACCCUGUCUGAAUUUCGCAAUACUAAGCAGCUCCCCGGAGCGUUUCAUGAGGAUGGAUCGCGACAGAGCAGUGGAAAUGAAACCCAUCAAGGGCACAGUAGGCAGGGACAAGAAUGAUGUCCUGCGUGAUGAGCAGCUAGCUGUUCAUCUCCGCGAUGACGUUAAGGAAAGGGCUGAGAAUCUCAUGAUUGUUGAUCUGAUUAGAUCCGAUCUAAUGUCUUUCUGCGAGCCGGCGUCAGUGUAUGUGCCACACUUGAUGUGUAUAGAAACUUUCGAGCUGGUUCAUCAGCUUGUGAGUACCAUCAGAGGUAGACGCACUCCCAACGUCGGCGUUGUGGAUGGUAUCAGACGUUCGUUCCCGCCUGGCAGUAUGACCGGAAGUCCGAAAUUACGCUCUGUCAGGAUAUUGGAAAGACUUGAGGGAACUAAUAGAGGUUUCUACUCGGGUUGUAUUGGCUACAUAGGCGUAAACGGUUGCACGGAUCUAUCUGUCGUGAUACGGACAAUCGUAUAUGCUGAUCAGGAAUUCAAUAUUGGUGCUGGGGGUGCAAUCACAUACCCUUCCAUCCCUCAAAAAGAGUGGCAGGAAGUCCUCACCAAAGCCCGCUCUGUAGUGGGCACACUUAUAGAUUAUUAG